UGCAAAUAAACUUGAACCUUCCCCUGGGCACUUCGAGUGUUUUCUUGUAAAAUAUUCAGCACAUACGUAGUAAACUGACUGCCCUGUAGUGCGUCACAAAUAAAAGUGUAAACAGUUCCAUUUGAUCUGACAUGUGCGCGCUUUCAGUUCGUAAUGCAGUUUGUGCACUAUGAUUGACAAAAGCUGCUGUGUAUAACAUACAAUAAAGACCAAAGAGGUAACAUAACUUAAAUAUUUAGUAAAAAAUAAAGUAUAUAUCAAGAAAUCUAACCAUAUUUUUUAAACAAAUUAUUGUUUUCCUUCCAUUUCAUUGAACUUGCCACUUGUCAUGUCGUGGUUGUCAUUUAGCUCAGUGGUCACCAACCCUGCUCCUGGAGAUCGACCGUCUUGAAGAUUUCAGCUCCAACCCCAAUCAAACACACCUGAACUAUCUAAUCAAGGUGUUCAGGUUUUCUUGAUAAUUACAGACAGGUGUGCUGAAGGGUUGGAGCUGCAGUCUGCAGGACGGUCGAUCUCCAGGAGCAGGGUUGGUGACCACUGAUUUAGCUGAUUCGACAUCAUCAGUUUGUUUACACAGACAGGCGAUGUUGUUAUGACGCAACUCGUAAGCACGUAAUAUGUACGCAAUUUCCUGCGUAAAAACAGCAGGUCUGUUCGAAUAUUUAAGACUUUCUGAUUCUUGGUUAGUGCGGAAUUGGUUAAUUUCAUGAAUGCUGAUGGAGGAAAAGCAGUCAGAGCCGUUCGGCGCAACUUCGGAUCUGGACGAGACUGCAUGCCCAUGUGAACCACAGCGCACGUCAAAAGAUGAGAAAUGAUCACCUUUCCCAAAGAGCUAUGAAACUGACACGAAGAGCCAAAUCCCUACCUGUGUAUCUGGACAAGUCAUCCACAUUCAAAGAAUGUCUUGAACGUGUUAAGAGGGUCCAGUUUGCAGACACGGUGGGACUGAACUUGGCAAGUGUGAGACACUUUGACGCAUCCGAUGUUUUGAAAGAAACACGCAAUGUAUCUGGAGUCCAGAAUCUCCUUUCUCAACAUGCCAGUGAUUUCACGUCAGCCCUUAACUUCGCACGUUUAGUACCAGCUUUCAACGUGCGCAUCUGUUCGGAUGAAGUCGAUCUGAAGUCAAGGCGUCUGGGGGUUGCAUUGGAGAGUGUCACAACUGGAUCCGAUGUUAAAGGUCUUAUCAGAGUGAUGCGCAGCAACGCAAGAAAAGAAGUUGGGGUCAUGUACACUUUCAAUAACUGGCUGACAUUUUCGGAUUUACAGGCUGCACCCAUAAUGGAUAAAGAACAUGUGCUACAAUGGGAAAAAUUCCACUUUGCUUUACACGCACCACCCUCCUUUGACAAAGAUGAUUCAGUGCAUUUCGCCGUGUUUUGUCGAACUGAUCGUGGAGAAUGCUGGGACAAUAACGAUGGACAGAACUAUACAUUAAGAAUUCAGAUUACUUGACGCAUUUUUA